UCAGCUCCUACAAUGGUCUUUUCCAGCUCCGCUUAUCACAGCAGAAUUUGUAACAUGCCAUAAUUUCUUAACCGGUGCGUGUGGAUCCCCGGAAAUCAGAUGUCAUUACCCGACCCGGCUAAUUUGGCGAUCGUUCCUGCUCUUUUGUUUUUUGACAAUGCCAGCGGCGGGGACCAGCCGCACCUUUAGGAUCGUAUCCUUGGCGUCGCUGGCUCUUUGCACUGAAGAAGCCUCCUAGGAUUGUCCGCUUCAUGGUAUAGCUUGCACAGACUGCAGUUGUCAUUGAUCCGCGGCCAGAGCCUCUGCUGAUAGUAAAGGAACAAAUUCAGAGCAAAGAUGAUGUGUGAAGUGAUGCCCACGAUCAGCGAGGACACAGCUCUGAGCCAACGCGGCUCUCAGAGCAGCGCCUCAGACCCGGACUCACAUUUUGAACAGCUUAUGGUUAAUAUGCUGGACGAACGGGACCGGCUGUUGGACACAUUGAGGGAAACUCAGGAGAGCCUCGGUCUGGCCCAGCAGCAUCUACAGGACGUCAUCUAUGACAGAGACUCGCUGCAGCGGCAGCUCAGCUCCGCCCUGCCACAGGAGUUUGCAGCACUGACCAAGGAGCUGAACGCCUGCAGGGAACAGCUGCUGGAGAAAGAGGAAGAGAUAUCUGAGCUCAAAGCCGAGAGGAACAACACCAGGUUACUGCUGGAACAUCUUGAGUGCCUGGUGUCCAGACACGAGCGGUCACUUCGUAUGACUGUGGUCAAGAGGCAGGCUCAGUCUCCUUCAGGGGUCUCCAGUGAGGUCGAAGUUCUUAAAGCACUCAAAUCCUUGUUUGAACACCAUAAAGCCCUAGAUGAGAAGGUAAGAGAGAGACUACGAGUGUCACUGGAGAGGGUGUCUGCCUUGGAGGAGGAGCUCACAGCAGCCAAUCAGGAGAUUGUGGCCUUACGGGAACAGAAUGCUCACAUCCAGAGAAAAGUGGCAUCAGGUGAGGGAGGAGAGGACAUUUUGGAGGGCAGUGAAGCUCAACAGAAGGUCCAUGGCAAGCGUCUGUCCAAUGGCUCUCUGGAGCCGGCCCAUGAGGCGAGUCAGGUGAUCGAGCUGCAGGACCUGCUGGAGAAGCAGAACUACGAGUUGGCCCAGAUGAAGGAGCGCAUGUCCUCCCUCUCCUCCCGGGUUUCCGAGGUGGAGCAGGAGCUCGAGACCGCCCGCAAGGACCUCAUCAAGUCAGAGGAGAUGAACAACAAGUACCAGAGGGACAUCAAAGAGAUGGAGGAGAAGAACAGACAACUACAGGAGAGGUUGGAGCUUGCAGAACAGAAACUCCAGCAGACCAUGAGGAAGGCUGAGACACUCCCGGAGGUAGAGGCCGAACUAGCCCAGAGGAUAGCAGCUCUCACCAAGGCGGAAGAGCGUCACGGGAGCAUUGAGGAGCGAAUGAGGCACUUGGAAUGCCAGCUGGAGGAGAAGAACCAGGAGCUGCUGAGGGCUCGGCAGAGGGAAAAGAUGAAUGAAGAGCACAACAAGAGACUCUCAGACACAGUGGACAGACUCCUCACUGAGUCCAACGAGCGACUUCAGCUCCACCUGAAGGAGAGAAUGGCAGCUCUCGAAGAGAAGAAUAUGCUAAUCCAAGACUCGGAAACUUACAGAAAACAGUACGAGGAGUCAAUCCAAGAAAAAUCGCAGCUGGCAGAGGAUAUUGAGAAACUGAGAUCGGAGCUCGACCAAUUCAGAUUGAGGGCAGGCUCCCUCACAGAACCCACGCUGUCACGAUCCCAUCUGGACACAUCAGCUGAGCUUCGAUUCUCUUUGGGAUCUCUGGCUGAAACCCAGUCGGACCACUACCGCUCAGCAAAGGUCAUCCAUCGACAAAGGAGAGGUCGAAUAGGUCUGCGAGAAACCAAGGCAAAGUCACUGGGGGAGCCUGAAUGGCGCUCACAGCAGCUGGGGGUCAUGGGAGGCCACCACUUUGAGAGCGACACGGAAAUGUCUGACAUUGACGACGACGACAGGGAGACGUUGUUCAGCUCCAUGGACCUGCUGUCUCCCAGUGGUCACUCCGAUGCACAAACUCUGGCCAUGAUGCUUCAGGAGCAGCUGGACGCAAUCAACAAGGAGAUCCGGCUAAUCCAGGAAGAGAAGGAGUCAACAGAGCUGCGAGCAGAAGAGAUUGAGAACCGAGUGGCCAGCGUUAGCCUCGAGGGUCUAAACCUGGCUCGAAUGCACCACCACGGAGCCUCCAUCACUGCCUCAGCAACUGCCUCCUCGCUUGCCUCCUCUUCCCCACCCAGCGGACACUCCACACCUAAGCUUGAUCCUCGAAGCCCUGCCCGGGACAUGGAGCGCAUGGGGGUCAUGACACUGCCCAGUGAUUUGAGGAAACACAGGAGAAAGAUAGCAGCGGUGGAUGAGGAUGGUCGCGAGGACAAGGCCACCAUUAAGUGUGAGACAUCCCCCCCCCCGACGCCACGCACUGUCCGAAUGACACACACACUGCCAGCCUCCUCGCACAACGAUGCACGAGGGAUUGUGGCUUCUUUAGAGGCUGAAGCCAGUGCCCUUAGUAGUGUAGCCAGCAGCCAGGACUCCCUCCACAAGCAGCCAAAGAAGAAGGGUAUUAAAUCCUCCAUCGGACGAUUAUUUGGCAAGAAGGAAAAAGGCCGACUGGCACACCUAGCACACAGACAGGUCAUGGUAGAUCCACAAGCAACAAUGAUGGAUUCAGACAUGGCGGGCCAGGACAUGGGGGUGAGCAAGUUGGGCACUCAGGCUGAGAAGGACCGCAGAUUGAAAAAGAAACACGAGCUGCUGGAAGAGGCUAGGAGAAAGGGUUUACCUUUUGCCCAGUGGGACGGUCCUACUGUUGUUGCAUGGCUGGAGUUGUGGUUGGGGAUGCCGGCCUGGUACGUGGCAGCAUGUCGUGCCAACGUGAAGAGCGGUGCCAUCAUGUCGGCCCUAUCUGACACCGAAAUCCAGCGGGAGAUCGGAAUAAGUAACCCUCUGCACCGCCUCAAACUUCGCUUGGCAAUCCAGGAAAUGGUCUCCCUCACCAGCCCCUCAGCCCCGCCCACCUCCAGAACCCCAUCAGGCAAUGUAUGGGUGACCCAUGAGGAGAUGGAGACCCUGGCAGCCCCUUCCAAAACGAAGUCGGAGUCUGAAGAGGGCAGCUGGGCACAGACUCUUGCCUAUGGUGACAUGAACCAUGAGUGGAUAGGGAACGAGUGGCUGCCCAGUCUAGGACUACCUCAGUACCGCAGCUACUUCAUGGAGUGCCUCGUGGAUGCCCGUAUGCUGGACCACCUCACCAAGAAGGACUUGAGGGUGCACCUAAAAAUGGUGGACAGCUUCCACAGAACAAGUCUACAGUACGGGAUCAUGUGUCUGAAGAAGCUCAACUAUGACAGGAAGGAGCUGGAGAGAAGAAGGGAGCAAAGCCAGCAUGAAAUGAGAGACGUUCUGGUGUGGAGUAAUGAGCGGGUCAUCCGCUGGGUGCAGAGCAUAGGCCUGAGGGACUACGCCAACAUCCUGCUGGAAAGCGGUGUGCAUGGAGCUCUGGUUGCCCUGGAUGACAACUUUGACUACAGCAGCCUGGCACUGCUCCUCCAGAUCCCUACACAAAACACUCAGGCACGUCAGAUUCUGGAGCGAGAGUACAAUAAUCUGCUGGCGCUGGGCACUGACAGAAGACUGGAUGAGUGCGAUGACAAAGACUUCCGAGGCCCAUCGUGGCGGAGGCAGUUCCCUCCCCGGGACAUCCAUGGUAUCAGUAUGAUGCCUGGAUCAGCAGAAACACUCCCUGCUGGCUUCCGUCUCACCGCAACAUCCGGUCACUCCAGAAGACUGCCCCCCGAGGUUGGACCAUCUGCGGUGCAGCGACUGGAUAGCUCCACGGUGAGAACCUACUCCUGCUGAGAGGAGGAAGAGAGGGACCUUAAACUGUACGCUGUGCAGUUCUGAAAGGAGACUAAUUAGUGGAGCUGCUGGACGGGUGAAACCUGCUGAGGAGUGAACCAUUCUGACACGCACUGCCAAGAAGCCCUGCUCUCCUCUCUAACACCACCCCCACAUCCACAACCCCUUUUCGUCCCCUAUAAUGUGGGCACCAGACGCCGGUGCUAAACUGUCCUGCAGGCUGCCCCAUUUCUACCUUUUACAUGUACAGUUACUUGUCAAAGCAUAAUGUACUGUGUAUUUCUUCUACAGGAGAUGUGUAGGUUAUCUGUAAAUUAAUAUAAAUAUGCCAUUUUUAAUAUAUACAUAUAUAUAUAUACACACAUAAAUAUAUAUAUAUGCACACACACAAACACAUAUGUAUAAAAAGAUAUUCAGUUUGUGCAAAAAAAAAAAAAAAUCAACAUCCCUGCCACCUCAUUUAGUGGACCAUAGAUUACUAUAUGCUGCUCUUAACAUAUUACCCCAUCCCUCUAGAUCAUUUUGUACAUAUGGUUUUAUUUUUUCAUUGUGCUGCUGCUGAUGAUGAUAAUGAUAAUUAUGACGAUGAUGAUCCUGUGCUGCACCAUAAAGUGAGAGGAAGAGACUGGAUGUUGUAGCGAAACACACCCUCUAGUGGUGGGGAAAAAAACAACUUCUAGCCCCCAUUCUAGCAACUACGUGAUCCUUUCUUAUGGACUCAUUUUUAAAAAAAGCAUUUUGAGGGGAUGUGUCGACACGCAGGAAAAAACAUGACAAGCACUUUCUUUAAAAAAAAACAAACAAACAAAAAAAAACGCAUCAACUCAACGGACUAUUUAGUAGCCAAGGACAAAAUAAAAAAAGAGACGCCGAUGCUCUCUGAAGUCGCACAAAACUUCCUCUCAGAGAUCAAAGGGGGAAAAAAAGAAGAGGCAGUGCGUCAUACAUAGAACAUGUCACUUGUUGUACUGUAUGUUUCGUCAGGCGAUGCAUUUACACAAAAAGGACAACUACACUUUUAGCCGAGCUGGCCUUCUCCCCCCCCCCUCCUUUCAGACACAAACAGAUGAAAUAACUGAAAGACAGACUGCUUUAGCUCAUAGUGUGUGUAGAGUGUAUAUGACCAUGUUGAAGUGAGGUGACUUAAUGAUAAAACAAACAAACAAAAAAAAAACCUGUUGCUUGCUGUGACUUACAUUUGGUGUAAUCGUUAACGCUUUGUUUUCUGUCAGUUUUCACAGGGUGACCUGCCGUACUGCCCUGUUAUCUGUCUUUUAGUUAUUUCCGACGGACGACUCAAAAUCAAGUCUUAAAAGCUUUUAAUUUUACAUUUUAAUUUCUUCGAUUUGCACGAACAACAAAUCGCUUUAUUUUGUGUCCCGUCCCCCCCCUUUUUUUUUUUUUUUUAAUUUACUACUUCUUGUACUUUGGUCGAAACAGUGGUGAGCAAACAAAUUUUCAUUGUCAAUAAAACAAAAAAAGAAAAAUACUGUCAA